UGUCAAUUAAACAAAUUGAGAGUUUUAGUGUUUAAAACAUUAAUUUUGCCUUACAUGUUCAAGAACUCAUCGUGACAGUUGUAUGUACUAAUGCUGUAGGUUAUAAACAUCCCCGCAUUAUGGAACAGCGAUCAUGGAAGUGGACAGAUGCACAUUUCUGCAGUUUGCCAUCACAGACCUCAAUAUAUGGGUGUACAAAAAUUAUGAACAAUAUUAAUGGUACAAACAAGCUACUUGUUGCCUCUUUAGUUGGAAAGUUUUUCACUAUUGAUUACCAGAGGAUAUUUGACAAACUGACCCCAUCGACGAAAGAAGUGCAGUUUACAUACAUACCAGGGGAAUCUGAGAUUGUAUCUGUAGAUGCUACAAAUAAAUGUCGCCAUGGCAAUGGUUUAACUAUAGGAAUCACUUUCUGGAAGCUUGAAGAGAAUGAGAGUAAGCAGUUUCUACAUACAUAUUACGCUGCACAGUCAGGAGAAGAAUUCAACCUAGAAAGUGUAGCUCAGGGCUGUCAGAGUUUGGAGUUAAAUUUCAUGCCAUACCAUUUAACGCAUACAAAGUUGAUUGAAGGCAAUAACACAGAGACGGUGUUUUUAUUGAGUGGAAGUGACAGCAAAGUACACCUGUAUAGAGAGGUAAGCUACCAGCAUAGUUUCAAAGAAGAAGACUGUGAAGAAUUUUUUCCAGAAUUCAAAAAUUUCACCUCUGUUGUAUUAUGGUUGGAUGUAUUGUACUACAACAACAACACUAGGAGAAUAUCUGUGACAGGUCAUCAGGAUGGGGUGCUUAAUGUGGCUGUUGUGGACAUACAAAAAUGUGAUAUUUUAAAGAGUUUCUCAGUGGAGUUUGACAACCCUAUAACUUAUGUAAAGACAUUUUCUCUCUUCAAUAAAGUACCAAGACCUUCAUUCCUGCCUCCUGAAGAAGGUGAUGAUGAAGACAGUGAUGAUGAUGUUUUACCAGAACUAAACAUACUUGUACUUAGUGCACUAAUACCAGCUACAAUUUACAGGGAUAUUCUGCACAAUGGACUGAAGGAGCCAGUAUUUCUACCAGACAGUAACAAAUUUGAUGCUGUAUUAACUGGCUGCAUUAUCGAUAUAGACUUUGACGGGGAAAAUGAAAUUCUUAUUGGAACAUAUGGUCAGGAGGUUUUAGCAUACAAGCUUAACUCAAGUGCAAUUGAACCACAAGUGCAUGGGUUUAGUUCUACAGUAGCCGAGACUUCUACACAGGACCAAGGAUCUCCCACAAAACCUCGUCAUUGGUCAGGUGAAAAUGAAACAUCAAGUAAGCCGAAAUGUGAGGCCACACGAAGAGUCAAGUCCCAUGAAAAUUUAUCGGCUUCAGUGGGCUCUGACACAGAUUACGUACCACUAUCAUCUUCAAAAGAUACAGUUAUUAUGAAGCCUCAGUUGUUGACAAAUGUGAAAUCUGCCAAUUCUGCAGUAAAUGAUGUAUCAGGUACAAGUUGUAGGUUGCUAUGGCAAAGAAGUUUUCCUUGUCCAGUCAUGGGUAUAAAUCAUUUAGAUAUUAUGGGAGACGGUAUGGAGGAUUUGGUAAUUGUCACACUGAAAGGACUUCAUAUAUUACAGCCGGACUUGAAUGAAGUUGCUGAAGUGUGUCUAGAGAGAUUACGUCUGCUGGCAUGUGACACUUCAAGGUCAGACAUUACAGUGGUGGGAAGCCAAGACUCUUUUGAAACUUUCAGUUUGCCUAGUGAAAAAAGUGAUAUUUCUUCAACCCAAUCAGAAUCAAAGAAUGUAAAAGAUUCAUCAGACGUGACCCAAACUGAAGCUGAAAGAUAAUUUAGGGUCGAAAUAGACAAGAGGUUUUAAUGGUUUUAAUAAUUUCAAAGACAUACAUGCAAGUCCCAUUUCUUUGGAGGAUUUCAAAGUUAGGAGUGACUGUAUAUAACUGUUUGUUAGAGAUGUGUAUUAAUAGCAAUAAAAACAAAAGUGUUACAAAGAAUUUAUUAUGUUGUGAAUUAUGAGGAGAAUUCAGAAAAUACUGUCCAUAUAACAUAUAGAAAAACCUCUUAAGCAUAUUGCCUACAUCAUCAGUCUAUCAAAAUCACCAUUGAUAGAAAUGCACUUUCCAUCCAGAUUAUUCAGGACCUGAAAGCCCCAGAGUAGUCUGGCAUUUGUAUACUAUGCAGACAUUGAAACACUGUUAUCAAUGGUGUCUCUGGAAUUGUAGCCAGCAUUUUGUGAAUGUCAGCAAAGGAAAGAAAAGAUCCAGCGAAUAUGAAGAGUGCGGCAUUUGCUUGGCCUGCAGGUCCUGUAAAUACUGCUGUACAAUAUUGUUCUUUUGAUCUGAUUUUAGAACCUUGUCCCAGUAUAGCUUGUAAAACGUCGGCAGCGAUGAAAAGUGUCUGACUACUCUCCAAAAUGUAAAAUUUGCAGUAAAGUUUAAUAAAUCAAUAAUGUUUAUCUGAACAUGAUUACACAAGAUCUUUCAAAUUUUCUGAAGUUUAACAACUUCGCCAAAUAACAUUCUUUUUCCACGUUAUGUUUUAUGUUGAAAUGAUUAUUUCUCAUUUUCACCUAUGUUUGACCCUUUUCUUAUGUGCCGAUGUUGGCUAGGUAUUAUUUUCUGAAAUCUUAUUGUCAUUCAGAUUCGCUUCCUUGGGAAGAAACAUUAUACAGUCGAGUCCACUUAAUACGAACUCGCUUGAUACGAAUUUUCGGAUUAACGAACAAAGUCCGAAUUCCCCGGCCGAGUACUUCUAUUUUCUUUGUAAAACUAUUUCGUUAAUAGGAACUCGCUUCAUACGAAUAAUCGGUAGAUACGAACAAAUUUUGGAAGUCCCAAUAAGCUUAAAUAUUAUACUUUUCCAUAUUUUGAUACGAAUUGAUUUUAGAAGUCGGGACCAUUAAAUAAUGGAUUAGGUAUGUGUACAACGGUAGGAUGUUUACAAAAGUGCUCUGAUUUAAAUUGGAAAAUAAACAAGAAUAUAAACUGUUCUGAAUAAUGAAACUUAUAUGGACGGAAUUGUGAUGUUGUGACCUGUCUGGAUAUGAAAGGAUUCUAUGAAUGAGUUUGAUGUUUAGAUACUGUAAAGCUUUAAAUUUUUAAAACUUGAUAGACUAUAUUGACAUACCUGACUGCACAAAUCUACUUGUCAUCGCUUCUUAUAUAGUAAUCCAGUAUUGUGUAUUAUAUAGACCAUGUUUAAUAGAUCAAUGUAUACAUGGAUAACUGACUGACCACUGUUCAAAAAUAAUUUCUACGGAAGCGAGUAAGGGACAAAUUUAAGACACUCUUCAAAAAUUGAUAUCAAAUUCAAGAUGGGUGAUGAUAUUGUGACUUAUAGAUACAGAAAUGGAGUUUUUAGAGGAGGAAGAUUUUACAGUGUACAAAAAAUCAAGUCAAACUACUCACCAUAUGCAAAAACAAAAACUGACAUCCAUCUGCGGACGAUAGCUUCAUAUGAUAAUUUUGCCUAUGAUGUUAGCAUGCAAAUUUUCUACAGAAUAUUGUCAUUCAAUGAAACAACUAAAUAUAGUUGGAGUAGAUAGCUGCUCCUCACCAGGGUCAUUGUCAUUGUCAAAUAUAUAUACUGUAAAGGGUACAGACAUUUCUAAAAAGACGAUGUGCAAUGGUGACAUUUUCUGGCCGAAUAUCGUCGAGCGGUUAUUAAUGCUUGCUGCAGAUGUUGAAAGUAACCCCAAUCCCACCAAUGACGAUAUAAUUAACGCUCUAAAAGAAUCAGAAAACAAGGUUUUGAACGAAAUUAGAAGUGUGAAAUCUGAUGUUUCCGAAAUGAAAAAUGAGUUGAAAGCUCUGAAACAAGAAAAUGAAAAAAUCAAAGCAAAUGUUACUAACAUGAAACACGAUCAGGAUGCUUUGAAUGAAAAAGUUGACAAAGUUGAACAAGAAAUUGAUAUGAUCCUCGAGAUGAAAACUAACAUGCAAACUGAUACCGAUUAUCUAAAUAACAAAAUUGAGGAUAAGGCUGAAACAAUAAGUUUGUUAGCAGAAGACAUUGAAAGAUUAGAUAUACAAAACAGGAAGGGCAGUAUGCGCAUUUUUGGCUUAACCGUUGAUAAAGAUGAAUCCCAACAAUCGCUAAAGAAAUUAAUAAUAAGUAAAGUACUAAAAGUAGCAAGCCCAAAUGUGAGGUGGAACACGGAUGACUUAAAACAUGUAAGCAUAUUUGGAGAAAGCGAUGAGAACAAAACCCCUUUAGUCAUAAUAAAAUUCAGAUACGAGGACGACAAGCAAUAUGUUUAUGAAGGGAGAGAUGAAUUACGUAAAACUGGUAUACGGGUAGGAGAUGAUCUUACAGUAAGACAAAGGAGAAAAUUGAAAUCCUUGCGCAGUCAGGGUAUGUUCGGAUAUUUUUACAGGGGAAAACUUCAUAUUCAAAGUGAUGUAGAGAAAACCGACAAAUCUGAUUUGCGCACUUUUCGUAAAGCUGUUCGCAAACUAGAAAAUCAAAGUGAAUUAAAUGGGGGAAACUUAGCCGAAUCUCGAACUGACAGUGGUGAAAACGGUGGAAGCCGCGAUAAUGAUAUGGUCUUAGACGUGGAGGAACAGGGUGAACUGACUUGUAUAUAGGAUCUAGGCCAAAGCUCUUACAAAUCAAGAAUAAAUCUUGUCUGCUGGAAUGUCGAAGGGUUGUUAAACAAACUUAAAUUUGAUGAUUUUAUUAAUUAUCUAACGCAAUUUGAAAUCUGUGGACUGUUAGAAACUUGGACUUUGGACAAAGAUAAUGUUGAGUUUAUAUUGCCGAAUUAUAAAUGUUUUAAGAAUGAUGCAAUUAAAUAUGAAAAACGAGGAAGGUCAAUGGCGGGAAUAUGCGUUUUUAUAAAACAGACGAUAUUACAGUUUGUGAAACGUAUAGAAUCAGCCUGUAAAUUUUGCGUAUUUCUGAGAAUGGACAAGAUUUUCAUGAAUACAAACCAAGAUGUGCUCUUAUGUUUUUAGCUCAUCUGAUUUUUUUGAAAAAAAUAGAUGAGUUAUUGUCAUCACUUGAGCGGUUGUCGGCGUCGGCGUCGGCAUUGCCAGGUUAAGUUUUAUGUUUAGGUCAGCUUUUCUCCUAAACUAUCAAAGCUAUUGCUUUGAAACUUGGAAUACUUGUUCACCAUCAUAAGCUGACCCUGUAUAGCAAGAAACAUAACUCCAUCUUGCUUUUUGCAAGAUUUAUUGCCCCUUUUGGACUUAGAAAAUCAGUUUUCUUGGUUAAGUUUUAUGUUUAGGUCAGCUUUUAUCCUAAACUAUCAAAGCUAUUGCUUUAAAACUUGCAACACUUGUUCACCAUCAUAAGUUGACCCUGUACAGCAAGAAACAUAACUCCAUCCUGCUUUUUGCAAGAUUUAUGGCCCCUUUUGGACUUAGAAAAUAUCAGAUUUCUUGGUUAAGAUUUAUGUUUAGGUCAACUUUUUCUCUUAAACUAUCAAAGCUAUUGCUUUGAAACUUGCAACACUUGUUCACCAUCAUAAGCUGACCCUGUACAGCAAGCAGCGUAACUCCAUCCUGAUUUUUGCAAUAAUUAUUGCCCCUUUUGGACUUAAAAAUCAUUUUCUUGGUUGAGUAUUAUGUUUAAGUCAACUUUUCUCAUAAACUAUCAAAGCUAUUGCUUUAAAACUUGCAACAGUUUUUCACCAUCAUAAGUGGACACUGUACAUCAAGAAACAUAACUCUAUCCUGCUUUUUGCAAGAAUGAUGGCCCUUUUUAGACUUAGAAUAUCAUGGGUAGGACAAUAUUUCUAUUACACAAAAAAAAUCAGAUGAGCGUCAGCACCCGCAAGGCGGUGCUCUUGUUUAUAUUUGCCACCGGAUUCCUCCCCGUGUUAUAAAUAUAAAACAGUCAAAGGUGUUGAACUUUUUGAAAGUUAUUUGCAUGAUCUUAAUAUCGACUUAAAUGAAGUCCACAUUUGUCUAUACGGAGACCUAAAUGCAAGAACUGCAGUAAAAGUUGAUUAUCUAGAAGUUAUAAAAUUACCACAAGAACUACUACAAUAUGAAGAUAUAUUAAGCGACCAGGUUCCAAUUAGGGAAUCUUUGGACAAGAUAUUAAAUACCAGGGGCGAAAAUCUAAUUCAGUUUUGUAAAGCGUAUUCCUUGUUGAUAGCAAACAGUAGAUGUAAAAAUGACGAAAGGGGGCAAUACACAUUUACUGACCACAUGGGCAACAGUGUCAUAGAUUACUUUGUCGCAGUAUAUGAAAUUUUACAAAAUAUUGUUUUAAAUAUUGGAAAUAGGGCUGAAUCAUCGCAUUUCCCCAUUGAAGUUGCAUUUAGAAUAAAAAGAAAUGUAGACAAUAAACGGGAUAUUAAUGAAGGUCUGAGGUCCAAGUUGAAGUACAUAUUCAAUUAAAAAACUAUAAGUUAUUUUAAAUUGCAAAUGCAAAUAUUGCUGUCAAAUGGAAAAUUGCAAGAGUUCAUGUCAAUGAUUGAAAAUGUUGAUACUGAUAUAAAUGUUGUGCUUUAUAGAAUACAAGACCUUUUGAAAUCAUGUGCUAAACAUUGCUCUAGUACAAUUUGUCCAAGAAGAAAAUCACAGCCUUCAUGGUUUGAUAAAGAGUGUGCGACAUUGAAGAAAGUUAAAUAUGAAUGUCUGAGAAAGUACAGACGAAUACAAUCAGAAGAAAAUCUUAAUAGCUAUAAAUUAGCAAGAAAUACAUUUAAAAGUGAAUGUGAUAAGAAGAAGUCGAAUUAUUAUCAUAAAGAGUUAAAUCAACUAAUGGACUUAAUGCAAUCACCAAAAUCUUUCUGGCGGAAAGUUAGAUCACUGUCAGAGUCACGAUCAAUGCAGAACAAUAUAACAAAUGAACAGUGGAAUGAACAUUUUAAAAAACUCUUCUCGGGAGAACCCAAACAAGAUGAAAUUCAAGAUGUGAAUAUUGUUUUCGAAGGCAGUCAUAUUCUUGAUGACAUCGAAAACAUAAUUUUUAAUUCAGAAAUCACGGAUGAAGAAAUAUUAUCAAGUAUUAAGAACUUAAAUGAAUCAAAAGCGGCCGGACCCGACGAAUUACCACCCGGGAUAUUUAUACACUCUUAAGAGUUGUUCUUGCCAGUUUUAAACAGUCUGUUCAAUAGAAUGUUUAGAAACGGGGAGUUCCCAGAAAAUUGGAGCAGUGCAAUUAUAGUUCCGAUUCUCAAAAGAGAGGAUCCAAAUGAAACUACAAACUAUAGGGGAAUAUCCUUGCUUGACAUUUUUGGUAAACUCUACACAAGUAUUUUAAAUAAAAGAUUGACAUUUUAUGCAAAUGUUUACCUAAAAAUAAAUGAAGCACAAGCAGGCUUCUAGAGCUCGUACUCUACUAUCGACAAUGUAUAUAUUCUCCAAUCGUUGAUUUCUAAAUAUUUGUCAAAAAAGAUAGGUAAACUUUACAUGGCGUUUGUUGAUUUUAAAACAGCAUUUGACUCGGUCAGACGUGACAAGUUGUGGCACACUUUAAGGAAUGCUGGAGUGUCUGGAAAUCUAUUUAAUGCCAUACAUGGUAUGUAUAGGUCCGUAAAAGCAUGUGUAAGAACAACUUCGGGUUCCUUAACUGAUUAUUUCUCUUGUCCAAUCGGAUUAAAGCAAGGAUGCAUGGUGUCACCAAUUUUAUUCACAAUCUUUAUCAAUGAGCUAGCGGAAUUAAUUCAAUCUAGUGGUGUCAGAGGCGUUCAAAUAUUUCCUGAUGUCACCGAAAUACUCAUCUUAAUGUUUGCAGAUGAUGUAGCACUGAUCUCCGAUACAAUUAAAGGGCUCCAGUCACAAUUGGAUACGUUAAAACAAUUCUGCACAGAUUGCGGUAUGUUGGUAAAUAGUCAAAAAACUAAAAUUGUGGUUUUUAAGCAUGGAGGUAAUUUAUCAAAGCACCAAAAAUGGUUCUAUGAUGGGAAAUUGUUAGACUGUGUAUCCAGUUUUACUUAUGUCGGGGUGAAAUUAAGUCAAACCUUAUCGUUCAAUGUCAUGGCUAUUAAGCAAGCUUUGCAAGGAAAACGAGUGUUAGUGUCAUUAUUAAGAUCGCUAUAUAAGUGUGGUCAGCUGCCAAAAUCAAUUUUCUUUAAACUUUUUGAUGUAAAAAUCGCCCCUGUUUUACUUUACGGCUCAGAGAUAUGGGGAUUUGAACAGAGAAAUUGUGUAGAAGUAAUACAUAGGUACGCUUGCAAAAGAUAUAUGGGUGUUAACCUCCAAUCAUGCAACGCAGCAGUACUUGGUGACUGUGGAAGACUUCCAUUAUAUAUACAAACAGCGAAACGAGUAAUUACAUAUUGGUUGAAACUUACCAAAAUGCCUGAAAGUAGAUAUGUUCGCAAGUGCUAUUUAAUGCAGAAAUUAUUAGAUGAAAAUGGUCAAAAUAACUGGGUCACAAAAGUCAAAUCUCUUCUCCAGAGGAAUGGUUUUGGCUACAUUUGGGAACUUCAAAGUGUUCAAAACGAAAGGCUUUUUCUAAGGUCCUUUGUACAAAGACUUACUGACCAGUUUAAACAAUCAUGGAAUGAGGAACUGUCAAAAAAUCAUAAACUGGUAUAUUACAGAGGUUUCAAAUCAGUAUUGGAACAUGAACCUUAUCUUGAUUGUCUUUUUAUCAGGAAAUUUAGACAUGCGCUAGCGCAAUUAAGAACAUAUGUUCAUUCUUUAGAAAUUGAGCUCGGUAGACGUAACAAUACACCAAGAGAAUCUAGAAUUUGUAAACUGUGUUCAGAAGGUGUAGAGGACGAAUUGCACUUCGUUCUUGUGUGCCCUGCGCACCAUGACUUACGACAAGUGUACAUUCCAGCAAAAUAUUACCAAACUGUAACAACACAAAAGUUCAAUAUCUUAAUGGCAACCAGAAAUGAGUCACUAAUUAAAAAUAUUGCUAGUUAUGUUUUCUUUGCAUUUGAAAGAAGAAAAUCACUAUUGAGCUAAUAUUAAUUGUCACGUGUUAUGAAUCACGCCACAUUAUUUUACAGUAUUAAUAGGUUAAGGCAUGUAGAAUUAAAAUGAACGUAUAAAUUUCGAUUUUAACUGAUCAUAUAUAACGUGUUGUAAUAAUGCUUAAUUGUUAUAGUUAUGCUGCCAAACUGUUUGAAAGUGUUAUAUAUCUUAAGCAAAAAGAAAUAGUAUGUUAUAGUUAGAAAUAUAUUUUGCUAUUCAAGAGGUAUCUUAACUGUACAUGUAUUUGUUAAUUAAAUGAUGAAAAAAUACAUUAAUACUAAAAUGUUUCUAAGAAUUACAAAUGUAUUUGUACUUGAACUUAAUGUUUUAACCAAUGUAAAAGUUACAUAUAUAUGCAUUAUAUAUUGUCGGUAUGACUAACAUUGCGAUAUGUGUACACAUACUAUGUCUUUAUAUGUAAUGUCUUGAUAUUAUACUAUGUUAUGGGCCGGAGGCCUAGAUCAUUUUGUAAAUAAAGUUGUAGUAGUAAACAAAAUAAAAUGUGUUGAAAAUAAUAAUAUGGUCAACCUUGUGCCGCGUGGUAAUUGGACAAAGGAGUAGUUCACACUUAUUCACAAACACUCGGUCCUUUGUGUAUCAUUUCAAUAUAAAACAAUUUAAUCAAUUGACAGGUCAAGAUUUAAAGAGGUGUAAAUAAUUCUAAACACAUGUAACCAUUUUAAUGCAUCGAUUAUACGUCAUGGAAAUAGCGGCCUGUGAUGGAAUUUUAUGCAGGUACAUGUAAAAAAUAAAAAUGACUGUUGAGAUAAUUCAAAUAAAGGAUUUUCAUGAUA